AUGUCGUCCCUCAACAUACCAGACGCCCCCAAUGCGGGCCUUUUCAAGGGCGGUUACAACAACUACGAUUCCGAAGAUGGUGCCAUCCUCCGAAAUAUCGACGCCUGCCGCGCCAUUUCUUCCACAGUCCAGACCUCCCUCGGGCCCUAUGGCCGUAACAAGAUUGUCGUCAACCACCUCCAGAAGAUGAUUCUGACCUCCGACGCCGCCACGAUCCUCCGCGAGCUCGACGUCGUCCACCCCUGCGCCAAACUCCUCGUGAUGGCCAGCCAGCAGCAAGAGGCCGAGAUGGGAGAUGCCACGAAUUUUGUCAUGGUCUUUGCCGGCGAGCUCCUUCGGAAAGCCGAAGAGCUCCUCCGAAUGGGUCUCAAGACGGCCGAUAUCGUCAGCGGCUACGAGCAGGCUCAGAAGCAUGCCCUCGAGGCGCUCGAGCUGCUCGUCGUCGACAAGGUUGAGGAUAUCCGCUCCGACGAGGAGCUCAGCAAGGCCAUCAAGACAGUCGUCGCGAGCAAGCAAAACGGCAACGAAGAGCUGCUCGCUGACCUCGUUUCCAACGCCAUUCUUGCCGUGCUGCCCAAGAACCCCGCCAACUUCAACGUUGACAACAUCCGAGAGCCUAACGGCUCGGUCAAGAAGGCCAAGAAGGCCAAGGUCGCUGUCUUCACCUGCCCCAUCGAUGUCAGCCAGACAGAAACUAAGGGCACCGUGCUUUUGAAGAACGCCAAGGAGAUGCUGGAUUUCUCCAAGGGAGAGGAGACGCAACUUGAGGCUGCUAUCAAGGAGCUUCACGAUGUUGGCUUGAGGGUUGUCGUCGCCGGUGCGCAGGUUGGCGAUUUGGCCCUGCACUACCUUAACCGCUACGGUAUCCUCAUCAUCAAGAUUCUCAGCAAGUUUGAGUUGAGGAGAAUCUGCCGCGUAGUUGGAGCCACUCCUCUGGCUAGGCUAGGCGCCCCCAUGCCCGACGAGAUGGGUACGAUAGAUGUCGUCGAGACCCUCGAGAUCGGAGGAGACCGCGUCACCGUCUUCAGGCAAGAAGAGGAAACAACAAGGACAGCAACCAUUGUCCUGCGAGGUGCGACUCAGAACUACCUUGACGACGUUGAGCGCGCGGUAGACGACGGCGUCAACGUGGUUAAGGCCAUUACAAGAGACCCCCGACUGGUACCCGGAGCGGGUGCCACCGAAAUCCAACUCGCCUCUCGAAUCACCGCUCUUGGUGAGAAGACGCCCAACCUUCCUCAAUACGCUAUUAAGAAAUACGGUGAGGCCUUUGAGGUCAUUCCUCGCACCAUUGCCGAGAGCGCCGGCCUUGAUGCUACCGAAGUUCUUAGCCGGCUCUAUGCUGCGCACCACAAGCAAGAGAACUGGGAUACUGGUGUCGAUGUCGAGAACGAGAAGCGAACCGGUGUCUUGGAUACCAGGAAGGAGAGCAUCCUUGACCUCCUCAUCUCCAAACACUGGGCUAUCAAGCUUGCUUCUGAAGCCGCGAGGACUGUCCUAUCAGUCGACCAAAUCAUUGUCGCCCGACAGGCCGGCGGGCCUAAGCCUCCAGGCCCUAACCCCAACUGGGAUGAGGAUUAA